AUGACGCCAAGUGUCGGGGUGGCGACGGGCAGCGGCGGAGGAUCGGAGGUCGGGGGCCUGAAGAAGGGGCCGUGGACGGCGGCGGAGGAUGCGAUUCUGAUGGAGUACGUGAGGAAGCACGGCGAGGGGAACUGGAACGCCGUCCAGAGAAACUCCGGCCUCAACCGCUGUGGCAAGAGCUGCCGGCUCCGGUGGGCCAACCACCUCCGGCCCAACUUGAAGAAGGGAGCUUUCUCACCGGAGGAGGAGAGGCUCAUUCUUGAGCUCCACGCCACCUACGGCAACAAAUGGGCUCGCAUGGCCGCCCAGUUACCAGGAAGAACAGACAACGAAAUAAAGAACUAUUGGAACACGAGGGUUAAGAGACGACAACGACAAGGUCUGUCGCUAUAUCCAUACAACAUUAAGCCAUCCGCAGCGCAGUCGCAGCCGACCACCCCGACAAGCCCUCUCCCCACCACCGCCCCCACGACGCCGACAUCAUCUACCCCGACCACUCCCACGGGCUGCAGCGGUGGAGGCUUUUUCCACUUCCACAGCCCCAUGCACUCUCUGUCGCCUGUGACGCCGCCGCCUCACUCUCCUCUCUCUUCCCCACACGGCCACCCGGAACACACCUUCACUUCCUACCCCCUCCUUGCCUCGAACUCGUUCACCUUCCACCGCCCACCGCCCAUCCUCGCCGCCACCCCGAUCCAGUUCAAGCACUUCCGAAACAACAACAACAGCAACAACAUCAACAACAUUAACUCGGCCGGGUUUUCUUCGCACCCGUGCCCGGUCUCGAUAAGUACCCCACAGAUAUCCACCACAGUUCUCGUCCAUUCCCCGACAGUACAUUCUCCGACAGUACAUUCCCCGACGGUACAUUCCCCAACGGUACCCCAGUUAUCUCGAGUGGAUUCUUUCCAAUUUCCGAUGACUUUAUCCACCAGCUCGCCGCAGAUUCUUCACACCCAGUUCAAGGCCACGGAUCAUGGAAUGAUUAAUAUGGCUAACUGCGUGGGUUCGGUAAAACAGGAGCUCCCUUCAGCACAAUUGUUUCACCAAAACGAUAUUACACACAAUAAUAUUGGUGUCAGCUCCACCAUGAGCUUCGGCGGCGGAGGGUUGCUGGAGGAUAUGUUGGAGGAAGCUCAGGCGUUGGCCUGCAAUCUCAACUCCAAUAAUAAUAAACAAAAUUCUUCUUCUUGUUUGGUGUCCCAUGAAGAACAGCGGUUCUUUGAUGGCUUUAACAAGUUGCCCGACCAAGACUCCAACCCCACUGAAUGUUUGUUUUUUGGUAAGCAUUAUUUACAUUCUUCGAAAUAA